AAUCACUAUGUUUAACGCUUUCAAACUUAACGCACAUACUCGGUUAAACGGAAGUACGUUAAAUAAAUAAAUAAAAAACCAAACAAAGUAAUAAAUUGCAACACCAAGAGAAAAUAGUGUAAAGUAAUAAAAAAGUUAUUUAAAUAAAAAAUAUUAAUAACUUUGAAAAUAAAACAAAGUGCCAAAUUUAUUAAAAAAUAAUAUUAUUUUUCAAAAAAGGAAAAUUCUUAAGAAUGCAACAAGAAAUAUAAAAAUAAUAUAAAAGAAAUAAUUAAAUAUAAGUGUUAAAAAUACAAACAUAUAAAAAAACAUUGUGAUAUUGUUAACAUCAACAUUGUCCUGUAAAUUGUCUCUUCCUGUAGCAGUUGUAAACAUUUUUUGUACUUGUCUACAUUUUAAAUUCAUUUGAUUUAGAAUCCCUGCAAUAAAACUCAACUAACUAAAUCCAUUGCUAUGGCACCUACAAUAUGCUCAGGGAAAAAACGUCAAACACGUACCAUUGCCACCACAAAUAUAAGACGAAGUGGACAAGGUUCACAUCAACUAAAUCAGGCACUAUCGAAUAUUGUAAAUUAUGUUUCUAAAGGCUCCAGAGUAUCUGCUUCCUUGAGAAUACAAAGCCACAAUGAAUUGGAGAGAAACAACAAUACCACCGGUAACUAUCGCAACACAAAUAAUGCGGCCAAUUCAAACUACAACCACUCAAUGCAAACAAGUGCCACAUCAUCAGCAGCAUCAAAUCAUCGUCAUCAACAGUUUUCUUUUAUAUCGGACAAUGCUGUAACGUCUUCAACACAUUCGGAUACAGAAAAUUCAUUUGAUUUAAGAUUGGCCAAUGAGCCAUUUACAAACGAUUCAAUGGCAACAUAUGGCAGCAAUACAACAAACCCAACCACCUCCACAUCACAGUCAUCGUCAUCAUUAUCAGAAUCAAACACAUCUUCAACAUCAUUAUCAUCACCAUCACAAAGAGAAACAGCGUCAUCGUCCAUAUCAGCAUUGUGCGGAGAAGAAAGAAGAUUUCAAAGGUAUUCGUCAGUAAUGCAGGCCAACAAUAACAACAAUAUUAUGGUCGAACAAGGAGACUGUAAUAGCGAUAAUGACGUAACGGAUUUAUACGAAGAUGACAACGACAAAGUAAGAACUUCGAAUAAGAAAACAAAUCAAAUACAUUCCAAAAAUCUAAGGAAACACUACUAUACAUGCAAUGAGUCUGAUUCGGAGGAAGAAUACGACGAGUUGGAAGAUGCAAGAGAGCUAGACAACAGUGAGAUGAGUGGUAAUGAAGGUAGUUAUACUGAUAUGGAUACCGAUGAAGGAGACUCCAUGACUAGUUUGGAUACUGAGAAAAGUGCAAAACUUAAAAGAGGCAAUCAUCCCCUACUGAGAGAUAAACUAUUAGCCAAACAAGAGACCACAAACAACAACAACAGCAGUAAUACAGAUGGUUUACUUUCCAUAGCCAUCAAAACAAUAAAAUUGGUUAAACGUAAUCAAUUAUUGCAAAAACGACUUACGCAAUUGCAACUGGAAACCUCUGAAUUUAUACAGUCUGUGUUGGCCAAUCCAGAAAAUCGUCAUUUCCGUGAGAACAUUAAGCAGAAAGUACAGAAAGUGGACAAUGUUUAAAGAAAAAACAUUUGGAAAAAAAAAACAAAAAUAACAGCAGCAACAUUGGCCAGGAAUUAAACCAGCCCAAGCAACAUUUUGCAACAACAAAGUUUAACAACACAAAUCAAAACUAAGAAGCUAAACAUUGUGGUGGAGAAAGCACAAGAUUUUUUUUCAAAUUAUGUUUAAAUAUAAUAAAAAAGCUUUUUUUGUUAGAAAAAGCUUUUUUAAUAAUUAAUACUAAAAACACACUUUUACACUAACGUGUCAGUUAGUUAAACAACUGAAAAACACCAUUUGUAAAGCCUACUUGUAGGCUGUUUGGAAAAAUAAAUUAAAUCCACACCAAAUAUUUAGAAGAAAAAAACUGCUAACUACCAUUGUGAUAAACAAAAUCAUUUUGAAAAUAUUUAAAUUUAAACAUCAUUCAUAAUUAAACUGCUUAAAUUAAAUUCCCUUUUCAAUAUCAAAAAAUGUUUUCUAGUCAACCAUUCAAGUAUUUAUUGUAAAAUGAGAAAAAAAACAAGAUUAACGAAAUAAACAAAAAAAGUAUAAAAGUGUUUGUGGCAGUCAUAUACAUCCAAAAAUAUUUGUUGUUUUCUAUUAAAAUGAUCUCAUAAUUACCAUAUAAUUUUUGGCAACCAAAAAUUUAAGAAGUUUUUCAUCAAUAACUAAAAUUUUUGAAAUUUUGCUUUAAUGGCAAAUAAAAGUUUAACUGAUAGUUGUUUUAUAAUAUAAAUUCAACAAUUUUAAAGGUUUCGUUAGUCUUAAGUGUUCAUUACAAAUAACAAAUAAUUCACUUUAAUGGAUAUCCUUUUUGCUUUUCUCUCGGUGUUCAUCAAACAUCUUCUCUUUAAAUAAUAUUUGUUUUCAUUAUUUGGCUUUAUUUUUUUUACAAGAUUUCAUUUUAGAACUUGUAUAUAAAGAUUGAAAAGAAACAAAAUAUGUUAAACAAAUGAACUGAUUUCGUAGAAAUUUAAAAGUAAUAAUUUUGCUUAUUAAAUGUAAUAAUAUUUAAUUUAUUCUUAAAGAACUAACUAAUUAGAAAAAAGCAGGCCUUAAUUAUAUAAAUUACUUGGCCCAUUUUUGCAUUAAUACAUAGUAUACUAAAAAUCAACAUUAAGAUUAUAAUUUUUGUUGCUUUUCUUAUGAAUCAUAAUUUAGCGAUUAAAAUUAAACAUGAUAAAAAUAACUUAAAAGCAAUUUGUACACAUACUCCUGCUAACUAUGAGUACUCUCCUUUGACACCCUAUUUUUUCUUUAAGAAUUAUUAGAAAAUAUAAAUGUGUGUUUAGUUUUAGUAAUUUAUAUAUGAAAAGAUAUUUAAAUGUCUGAUAAAAAUUAGUUUUUAUUUUUCUAAAUUAAGCUUUAUACGUAAUUAAUUUAUAAACAUUGGAUUUUAAGCAAAAAAAAUAUUGGCUUUUUCAUAGUGGAUGUUAACAUGUAUUUAAUAUUAUUAUCAAUAAAAAAAAUAAUCCUAUUUAUUUUAUAUAUUAAAUUUAACUUUAAUACAUUAUACAUAUAAAAAAACUAUUUGAAAAAAUAUUUUUUAAUUUUAGUCUUUAACAUUUAACAUUAUAAUAUCAUAAAAAAUAUGGUAAACUACUUUAUAUAAAACUAAUAAGCUAUAGCUAUUUACCUUUAGUUAUGUUGGGUGAAUUUAAUCAAAAAUCUUUUUUAUCAUAAUUAUUAAUUGCUAAUUUAAAUAAUUUUAUAAAAUCCUAUUUAAAAGUGAAAUUUUCUUUAAAAGAAACUAAAAAUUGCAAAUUUAAAUUGGUAAUUUACAUGCAUUAACUAUAAAACCUAAAACUUCAACUUCCAUUAUUAAGAAUUCACUUUAUUUUAUGUUAAAAUUUAUAAUUGAGUAUUAAGUACAAUUGAUUUAUUUCAUUUAUUUUAUAUAUAUAAAACAAAUAAAAUUAUUCAAUUAAAAUACUAUUGUAUACACAACAUGCGCAUUCAUAACAACAUAACUAUUCUAUAAUAU